UUUGGUUUGUGUGGCGGCGGGAAACAUCACGGUAACGUCUCAUCGCAGCAUCUUUUUUAAUAUAAUCAUAUCUUCAGUUCAUCAGGCUCCUGCUGAAUAUCUGCCCUUUAAUCGGGAUACAUUGAAGCUAAAGGUGAGACUAUGACCAUGCCGUCCAAACAUCAGGAAGUGGCCGAAUCUAAAACCUCCCCUCUUCUCUUCGUGACCGUGGACGGUGAACCCAUGUCUUUCUUCAUGCGGCCGGGUCCUGUCAAGCGCAGGCUGCAGCCGCUCAUCGCAUCUGGAGGAGGGACGAUGUGCAAAGUCCAGCGGCCUGGAGCAAUCCUGCUGAUUGACCAGGACGAGAGAGGCUGUAUUCCUGAAACGACUGCUCGCUGGUAUGUGGCCACCAAGUACAUUCACGACUGCAUCGAGGAGGAUAAACAGCUCAACAUUGAGGACUAUCGGUUGAAUCCCGAAGACAUCCCGAAACAUUCUACGAGACUCAACAACAGCAGAGAGGGCUCCUCUGGACAAGUAGGAGGCAGGGUUGCCUACAGCCCUGAAGAAGAUGCAGCCAUUUUGAGUUAUGUCAGCAAGCACAAGACGGAGACGGGUGGAAACCGGCUUUGGCAAGAGAUGGAGAAGCAGCACGUGACGAGUCACAGCUGGCAGUCCAUGAAAUAUCGUUACAGGGUCCAACUGGCGAAGAAACACACGGAGGCUGAGAAGGUGCAAACAACAGAGGGAGAGACCAAGGAGGAAAAACAAGAGACAGACAUUGCAAAACCUUCCAGUGAAAAGGCCGCUCCUCCUCAGAUACUUUCACCAGCACCAGACUGUCUUCAGACAGACCUAACACAGGUGGAUGCCCAGCCCAUACCAGCCGAAAGCACACAGCUCGAAAAUGUAGAUGCUGAAACGUCAAACCUCCCGCAGCCUGGGGAGCCUUGUGUGGAUACGCAGGGAAAUGCCCGCCGCAUUCCAGCUGAGAGCACAGAGCCAGAAGCCACAGAUCCCCAAACAAUCAACUCUCCACAGAAAGAGAGUGCCCCGGAGGACUCACCACAGUCCCUGCGCCACACCUUAACGCCAAAAGAGCCGGUAGAGAAGCAGGUGGCCUCCCCAGAGCUGGAACGGCGACAGCAGCAUCGAUUAACACGCAGGCAGCUCGAGCUUGAGGCGUCAUCAUCGCCUGUGCCUUACGGCAAAAAACUUAGAUCAUUGUCAGUCUCUCCUCGGCCUGCAAAGGAAACUGAAUCAGCGGUUAAGCCCGCUAUUCAAAUACACACGACAAUAGACCCACCGCCUUCAAAGAGAGCCAGAGUACAGGAUGAGGCAGCGGCGGCAGAGAGUCAACAAGUGGAGAGUGCAGAAGCCGCCGUCUGUGAAACACCACGAGCAGAUGAAGAAUCACGGCCAUCGCCACAGAACGGAGGGAAGAAAAAAGAAAAGAGAAAGUUGGGGAUUCUGGCGUUGGCUACAAAGGAGUUUGAAGAUGAAAGUGAGUCGUCUGAGGAUGAAUCUCCAGAUCUCCAAAACCCAACUGAGCCUGCGGCGAUGCAGCCGACAUCGACAGAACCGCCUCUCUUGUCUUCAGACCCGGCUGCAGACCAGGCCUCCACACGGUCCAACCCCGAACCUGGACCCAGCCUCCAGGAGAAACCCCAACAGGCCCAAGUCCUCAGCAGUGACGGUGCAGCAGAGAUGGGCUGCCCUCAACCUCAACCUCAACCUCAACCUCAACCUGCUGCUUCUGAUCCCGCCCCCACUGAGGCUUCCCAUGCAGCCUCCGGUGCCCACCGUUUUAUAUUUGACAGUGAAUCUCAGGAAGAAGACUCCCAGUCCCUUAUCGGUGACAGGGCUACAGCUCGGCCCAACCCACAGCCACUAGUGAACGAAGACGCGGCACUAUCUCUGACUCAGGUUCACUUGGAGGAGGACGUGCAGCGAAUCACAGCACUGAUGAACCACACUAAUGAGGAUAUAGUCGUUGUGACCAAAGCCCUGUUGAAGACCAGCGGAGACUUUGCUGCUGCGCUGGAUCUGCUUUCGAAUCCCUCUGUCAUUUCUGGACCUUUUUGGAAUCACCACGAUGACGGCCUUUUGCUCUCCGCUGAUCCUGUCGUCCGCCAGCAGCUGCAGGAGAAAUACGGUGAGAGGGAGCUGGCCCAAAGAAUAGUGUUUCUUGAGUUGGAGGGAUGAAAGAGGACAUCCAGACAUGUGGACACACAUGUUUGUUGCAUCAAAUAAGGUACGCAUAAUUUUGAAAUAGCGAGCAAGUUUUCUGAUAUUGGUUUUGUUAGUUUGUUGUUAGCCCCGACUCUUUCAACAUGAAAAUGGCUUUUGAAAAACGACCGUUCUGACCAAUUUGGCAGAAAUAAAAUUUGAGGGUUAAAAACUUAAAAAAAAAAAAACUAACAGUUUUAAAGUAACUAUUUAAUGUUAAUUACAUAAACUCUAUUGUGCGAUUGUCUAUUUGUUUGAGGGGAGAAUAUUUUAAUGCAUUUCAACUUGAAACUAUGUGGUGUUUUUUGUUAUGUUUUCAUUAAAAUUAAGAAAAAGGUGUUGUUCUAUUGAAUAUACUUUAUCAAAUGACAUUAGUGUUUUUAGAAUGUAUUGUCUUAUGCCAGUAAAUUUGUCAAUGUCACGGUGGGUGAAAGGCAAUUAAGUCUUGUAGAAAAUA